UCUCAUUCCAGGCUUGGCUGCAAACAGAGGAAAUUAACCAAAAUCAUUUCACCCCAUCCAUCAACAGGCAGAAACCAGACACAGACACACACAAUUGCAUCAUAUGGAUCUGUCUCAUCUUCCAUACCGGCCUAGACAUUCUUGUUACUUAGCAUUCAGAUGAAGAACAAAGGAGAAAGAAGAAUGUUUAAUCAUCAUCAUCAGCAGCAGCAGCAAUCUUUAAUCUUUUAGGCUAGCUAGAUUCCAAUGGCUAUGCCAGAUCCAAGGAAGGGCAACAUCUAUGUAUGGCUAGUUUCUUGCCUUUACUUUGUUUCCAUAGUUACAGGUGGUGUUUUUCUGCUGGUGUACAUUGGACUCCCAGAAACAUCGACUACACAUUGGUUUCCUGUUAUAGGGGUGGUUCUUGUAGGAAUUCCUUGGUUCUGUUGGGGUCUAACUAUUCUAUACAGAUGCAUUACGCCGCGUGGUGAUAGUCCUGCCCGUGCUGGUGGUGGUGGUGGUGGAGGAAGAGGAGGUGGUGGAGGAGCAAAUAAGCCUGGGAUUUCAAAUGUGGAUGUUUGUGUUGCAACUACCUCUGGGAAUGCAUCUUCAAGCUCCCCAGUAGGGUCUCCUGUUGAAGGUACGCGACAAGUUCGUUUUGGAACUACCAUUGUGGUAGAUGAAGAAAGGGGUCAUGGAGCCUCGGAUCAGAAAAGGAAUGAUGAAGAAGAUCACAGGACAUCAUCAUCUUCUAGUAGUUCAAAUGAUAAUAUUCUGUUACUUCACAUGAAAGUCAAAUUCCAUUAAAAUCAGCAAUGCAAUCUUGAGGUAAUGAGAGUUUUUUAUGCAAUGCUGCACCAGGUCAGAUCACCACCAGAAUUAGGAAGAUAAACACUUGGAGAAGAUACAGAUAAACACCCCAGAAAGU